AGACAGGGCGGAAGCGGCAGUAACAUUGUAACAUUGUCAUGUCGGCGACAUUGUAACAUUGUAACAUUGUAACAUUGAAACAUUGUCAUGUCGGCGACAUUGUGCCACAACACGCUGAUCGCCGUGUUUGUUUGACUCUCCACCACACCACCGGGCAGCGAGACGGACAUCUUGUGGUGAGAAGUGUGGCAUCAUUGUCAGAGUGUUGAAGAAGAAGCAUGAAAGAGGAUUAUAUGUGAGAGGAGAGAAGGAGACUCCAUCCACGUGCCAUGUCUCUGGUUUUCCCCCGGCCGAACACCAACACAGUCCACGGCAAGAAGGAUAAGAGACUGAUGGCGGAGGUGAACGCGUCGCCACUCAAGCAUUUUGUCACAGCGAAGAAGAAGAUUAAUGGGAUCUUCGAGCAGUUAGGGGCCUACAUUAAGGAGAGUGCCUCCUUCCUGGAAGAUGCUCACAAAAAUGAAGAGCUGGACCCCGUUACCACAGAAGAGCAGGUCCAGGAGGUUCGGAGUUACCUGGCCAAGGUUGCUGGGAUUGGGGAAGUGCUCGCCAGGAGGCACAUGAAGGUGGUGUUCUUUGGGAGGACCAGUAAUGGGAAAAGCUCAGUGAUCAACGCCAUGCUGUGUGACAAGGUGCUGCCUUCGGGAAUCGGACACACCACCAACUGUUUCCUCAGGGUGGAGGGAACGGAUGGAAACGAGUCCUUUAUCCUGACUGAAGGCUCAGAGGAGAAGAAGAGCAUUAAGACGGUGAACCAACUGGCCCAUGCUCUCCACCAGCACGAGGACCUGGAUGCAGGCAGCUUGGUCUGUGUUAUGUGGCCCAAAGCCAAGUGUGCUUUGCUGAGGGAUGAUCUGGUCUUGUUGGACAGCCCAGGCAUUGACGUGACCACAGAACUGGACAGCUGGAUCGACAAGUUCUGCUUGGAUGCUGACGUGUUUGUUCUUGUGGCAAACUCGGAGUCCACGCUGAUGCAGACGGAGAAGUCGUUUUUUCACAAAGUCAACGAGCGGCUGUCCAGUCCCAACGUCUUCAUCCUUAACAACCGGUGGGACGCCUCCGCCUCAGAACCGGAAUACAUGGAUGAGGUGCGGAGGCAGCAUAUGGACCGUUGUUCCAAUUUCCUGGUCCACGAGCUGGGGGUCGUGGACCAAGCUCAGGCCAGCGACCGCAUCUUCUUUGUCUCGGCCAAGGAAGUUCUUCAGGCGCGUGUGCAGAGAGCUCAAGGAAUGCCUGAAACAGGUGGAGCUCUUGCUGAGGGAUUCCAAGCUAGAAUGUUUGAGUUUCAGAACUUUGAGAGGCGAUUUGAGGAGUGCAUCUCCCAGUCGGCGGUGAAGACCAAGUUUGAGCAGCACACAGUGCGUGCCAAGCAGAUCUCUGAAGCUUUGCGGCACAUCAUGGAUGCAGUGCACAUUGCUGCACAGGAGCAGAGGGUCUACUGCCUUGAGACCAAAGAAGACCGUCAGGAGCGACUGGAGUUUAUCGACAAGCAGCUGGACCUCCUGACUAUGGACUGUAAGACCAAGAUCAAGAAGAUCACAGAGGAGGUGGAGAGGCAGGUGUCUAAUUGCAUGGCCGAAGAAAUCCGGAAGCUCCAUGUUCUAGUAGAAGAUUUUCACAUGGACUUCCACCCAUCCUCAGUGGUCCUGAAAGUCUACAAGAAAGAACUCCACCGGCAUAUAGAAGAGUGUUUGGGCAAGAACAUGUCAGAGCGGUGCUCCACCAACAUCAGCGGCGCUCUUCAAAGCACACAGGCAGACAUGAUAGAGGGUCUGAAGCCUCUCCUUCCCAGCCCAGUCAGAGAGCAGGUGGACAAAGUGCUCCCUCGCCAGUGCUUCAGUCUGAGUUAUGACCUGGCGUGUGACAAGCUGUGCAGCGACUUCCAGGAGGACAUCAGCUUCCACUUCUCCUUGGGCUGGACCAUGCUGGUCAACCGCUUUCUAGGGGCCAAGAACACCCGGCGGGCCCUCAUGGGCUACAGUGAUCAGAUUCCUCGGUCCAUGGCACUGACCCCGGUCAGCACCAGUAUGCCUCCCUUCCCGCAAAACUCCAUGACCCAGGAGGAGCUGAUGGUCUCCAUGGUGACGGGGCUUGCCUCCCUGACGUCUCGCACCUCCAUGGGCGUCCUUGUAGUCGGUGGUGUGAUCUGGAAGGCCGUGGGCUGGCGUCUGAUCGCCUUGUCCGUGGGUCUCUACGGCCUCCUUUUUGUGUACGAGCGCCUCACCUGGACGACCCGGGCCAAGGAGCGUGCGUUCAAGAGACAGUUUGUGGAGUACGCCUGUGAGAAGCUGCAGCUCAUCGUCAGCUACACGGGCUCCAACUGCAGCCACCAAGUCCAGCAAGAGCUGGCCGGGGUGUUUGCUCAGCUCUGCCAGCAGGUGGACGUGACCCGGCAGAACCUGGAGGACGAGAUCACCGAGAUGAACGGCAAGAUUGAGCUGCUGGACGCCAUGCAGAGCAAAGCCAAGCUGCUGCGGAACAAAGCAGGCUGGCUGGACAGCGAGCUCAACAUGUUCACCCAGCAGUAUCUUCACCACAGCAAGUAACACCCACUCUUUGGCUCUAUAUUCCAUUUUAAUUGCAGUAUAUAAAGCAUCAGCUACGUUAAUUAGCUGGCAGACUACGUUUGAUGACUUGUGAGCAGCUUGGAACAUGACGGACUAAAGUUUCAUAUCAUAGGCCAGGAAUUAUUAGAUACAUGCAAAGGUUGAAGCUGAGGCAGGAAGGGACACACACACACACACACACACACACACAUACAUACACAUAGAAGAGGCAGGGAGGUACACACACACAUACAUAGAAAAGGCGGAAAGGGACACACACACACACACACACAUAGAAAUGGUAGGAAGAGACACAGAAAUAAUGCAGGAAGAGACACACACACACACACACAUACAUAGAGAAGGCAGGGAGGUACACACACAUACAUAGAAAAGGCAGAAAGGGACACACACACACACACACACAUAGAAAUGGUAGGAAGAGACACAGAAAUAAUGCAGGAAGAGACACACACACACAUACAUAGAGAAGGCAGGGAGGUACACACACAUACAUAGAAAAGGCAGAAAGGGACACACACACACACACACGCACACACAGAAGGCAGGGAGGUACACACACAUACAUAGAAAAGGCAGAAAGGGACACACACACACACACACACACAUAGAAAUGGUAGGAAGAGACACAGAAAUAAUGCAGGAAGAGACACACACACACACACACACACACACACACACACACACACACACACACACAUAGAGAAGGCAGGAAGGGACACACACACACACACACACACACACACACACACAUACGUUGAAAAGGCAGGAAGACACACACACACACACACACACACACACACACACACACACACACACUUCAUCCGUGCAUGUCUGAAUAUUCUCAAGAGAAAUGAAAGAAAAAUGGCAAAGCUGAGAAUAAUCAGAGAAAAUGUGUCUUUCUAUGCAACCAAUCUUUUUUUUUCUUUUAGUUAUAAAUCAUUUUUUGGGUUGUUUUGUAUUUAUUUGGACUGCAUGUUGUAUUUUUUUCGUUUUGCAAACAGUUUGCUUGGCUGCAUAUUUAUGGGCCGCAAAUUGCUUUUUGUUCGUGAAAAUAUUUUUGCGGGCACCAACCGUGUUUUUUCUUUAUUACAAAUAUUUAUUUUGGUUGAAAAUAUUUUUUCCGGUUUCACCCUCUUUUUUGGCUGCCCAUCUCUUUUGGGGUCACUAAUAAUUGUGCCGCAAAUAGUUUUUGUUUAAUUUUUUUGGGGUUGCAAAUUAUUGUUUUGAGUUAUAAAUAUUUUACUUUCUUUUUUUGAUUGCAUAUCUUUUUGCAAAACUUUCAAGGGUUAAAAAAAAAGUUUUGGACUACAAAUAAUUAUUUGGGCUGUAAAUCAUUCUUUUGGCUGCAAAUUGUUUAUUUGAUUACAAUUUUUUGGGGGCUGCAAAUAUUUAUUUUGCUCACAACUCAACUUCAGCCUUGUGGGCGGGGCCUCCUGAACAAUAUCUUAGAAGCCUUUUUAUUGGCCAAUCAGAUGAUGGCUGACUCGGGCCUACUUCCACCUUCUAAACAUUGGCAGGGAAAAGACCAAAGACUAAGUUUGAGUGACAAAUGAAAAGUCUUCUAACUACGCUGUCAAAAUAAGGAGUUAAGUCACGUGUUUGAUCACAAAGAAUUAUGACAUGAAUCAUGCUUGUAGCAGAUUAAUUUAUUUUGACCACACAUGCCACAAAGUUCACUUCAAAAUAAGCUCAGACAGAACUUUAUAGAUACAACUAUUACCAAGUUUGAAGCAAAUAAAUGACGUGAAUGUAAGUAAAACAUUUAGGAAAUGUGUGUAGAAAUAUUAAUGUAAUUCAAGAUGGAAUUCAUCUGUUAUUAAUUAUAAUUAAUCCAAAUUCACAAGUAUCAUUAAUCGGAUUUUCUUUUUAAUUAUUAGACAGCAGUCCUUCUAAAGUUGAAUUUAGUCAUAAACUGAACAUUAUUAUUUUUUUUUUUACAAACCCAAAAAAUUAAUUGCUAACCAAAACUGUUUUUGUAUGAACAUAUUUGGGGUGAUUUUAGUCUUUUUUUAUAUAAAUCUUUUUUUGUUUGUCAGCAUAAAAAGACACAUUUCCCUCCUUAUGAAUAUUUGAUUUUCCUAACAUUAAAGGAAGUGUCCGUAUGUUUGCCACAUACAGACAUCUGGCUACAAAUCACUGCAGACAGCUGAAACAUCUUCUUCUUUAGUACUCAACAACAAUGCAAACAUCUAAAAAUGUUGUCGCCUAUUGACUGAGAAAAACUAUGAUUUUGUAUGUAUAUAUAUUUAAGAAAACUAUUUCUCUUGUGUGUAAAGAUGAAAUAGAAUUGCACAGUUGACAAUUAAAGGAAGCGGCACUCUGACACCA